AUGCCUCCCAAGCUCGACCCCAAUGAGGUGAAGAUCAUCCACCUGAGAGUGACUGGUGGUGAGGUCGGUGCCCAGUCCGCUCUGGCCCCCAAGAUUGGUCCUCUCGGUCUGUCCCCCAAGAAGAUCGGUGAAGACAUUGCCAAGAACACUGGUGACUGGAAAGGUCUCCGUGUCACGGUCCGUCUUACCAUCCAGAACCGUCAGGCUGCCGUCUCCGUUGUGCCCUCCGCCUCUUCCCUGGUUAUCAAGGCCCUGAAGGAGCCUCCCCGUGACCGCAAGAAGGAGAAGAACAUCAAGCACAGCAAGUCCAUUCCCCUGGACGAGAUCUUCGAGAUUGCCCGCAUCAUGCGCAACCGCUCUCUCGCUAAGGAGCUCAAGGGUACCGUCCUUGAGAUCCUCGGUACCGCCUUCUCUGUCGGUUGCCAGGUCGAUGGCCGCAGCCCCAAGGAUGUCUCCGACGACAUCAAGGCUGGCGAGAUCGACGUUCCCUCCGAGUAA